AUGUCUCCCGCAGCCGCGAGCGAGCGGUGCAAAGAGGCAGCGUCGCGCAUGCUUUUCCGUAACGUUGAUGCUGCAAACGAGCGUGGCCGCGCCGCCGGCGUCGCGGCGGUCAAAGCCGCACGGCAGCGCGGUGCAGCCGUCAUCAACCGCGGCGCUGGGACUAUGCCUGUGGGUGCGGCCGCGCCGAAUGGCGGAGAGCGCUACACGCUGCUCGAGGACCCUCCGGACGCACCCGCGCCGCGAUGGGAUGCUCUGCACGAUGGCACCAAGACAUCCGAUGGCAAGCUCUGCUUCGCCGACGCACCGGAGUUCACCCCGUCGCUGACGCCAGCCGAGUGCAUCCGUAAGGGCAUCUUUGGAGGCUGCUACUUCAACCCUCGAGGUGGCAAGGCUGGUAUCUUCUCGCGCGACAUCGCCAUCGACCACGCCGAGUUCCCAGCCGAGUGGUUUGAGGCCGAUGAGAGCCUGUACCUCUCGCGCCGCUACAACGUGAUGACCAACGCCUAUCGAGUCAAGUCUGGCUUCGGGCAGAGGGAGUGGGAGAGCAAGGGCUGGAUCCAUGCCCAAGACCCGAGGGGCUGGUUCCAGUGGUACUGCCGCUUCUUCUGCGGCCGACGCUCUGCAGACGACGCGCGCCAGAUCGCCCGCUGGCGCGCGUGCGCCUCGAGCCGCGGCCGGUGGCGCAACCAGCUGUGCGGCGCGGUCCAGAGGGGCUCGGGGCGUUGGGACGACGUGGCCGUCAGCCCCGUGAUCCGGCAGACGCUGCUUCACUGGGCCUACGAACUCUCAUCGGCCGACUAUGCGGACUGGCGUGCGGCCAAAGGGAAGUGA